UUUUUUGAAUUGCUAAUAGCUGUAACGUGGAAGGGGACGAAAUAAAUUUACUCGCUAGCCACCUUGCGGAUGUGGACUCCAUGUUUCGCUGGAUCGAGUGUGGUCUUUCUUUUCGUGGCUGCCGAGUUAUGGUGGCUAUUGUAGGUUAGUUGGGAGCUUUAUCUGCCGGAAUCUGACCAACUACAGAUUCAAUAUUAAAAUAUGGCUACGGAACAAAUGACCCUUAGGGGUACCCUUAAAGGGCAUAAAGGAUGGGUGACAAAAAUCGCUACAACCCCAGCUAUUCCAGAAAUGAUUCUGUCUGCCUCCAGGGAUCAGUCUCUGAUCGUAUGGAAACUGACUCGGGAUGAGAACACGUACGGCGUUAUGAACCGAAGACUGUGUGGUCACUCACACUUUGUGUCGGACGUCGUUAUUUCAUCUGAUGGACAAUUUGCUCUCUCUGGUUCAUGGGAUUUCGAUCUUAGGCUCUGGAACUUGCAACAGGGAGUUACCACCCGUCGUUUCUGCGGGCACACCAAGGAUGUUAUGUCGGUCGCUUUCUCCGGUGACAACCGACAGAUCAUUUCCGCUUCCCGUGACGGAACCAUCAAGUUGUGGAACACCCUCGGUCAAUGCAAAUAUACCAUCAUGGAGGACAGUCACACUGACUGGGUAUCGUGCGUUCAAUUCUCCCCGAACCCCAACACCCCAAUCAUCGUUUCCAGCGGCUGGGAUAAAGUGGUCAAGGUUUGGAACUUGACUAACUGCAAGCUGAAGACCAACCACUACGGGCACACAGCGUUCAUUAACUCUGUGACUGUCUCACCUGAUGGCUCUCUUUGUGCCUCCGGUGGUAAAGAUGGACAAGCUAUGUUGUGGGAUCUUAGUGAAGGCAAACACCUUUACACUUUGAGCAAUGGUGAUAGUGAAAUCCACGCUCUUGCUUUCUCACCCAACCGAUACUGGCUUUGUGCUGCUUGUGGGCCAACCAUUAAGAUCUGGGAUUUGGAAGGCAAGGCUCUUCUUGAUGAACUACGACCAGAGUUAAUCAACCUAAACAGCAAGGCUGGACAACCUGAGUGUUUGUCAUUGGCAUGGUCACCUGAUGGACAGACCCUAUUCGCUGGUUACACUGAUAACCUUAUCCGUGUGUGGCAAGUUUCAAUCCUGGCUAGCCAGUCAGCACAGUAAUGUGACGAAUAAAGAAACUUAAACUUGAA